AUGCAUUUCCCAACUCUUCUUGCUGGCCUCGCCGCUUUCUCUACCGUUGUAACCGCCAUUCCUGCCGAAAAGCCUCACUUCGGUGUCGCCAUCCUCGCCAUUAACGAGCAGAGGACAGCACCCUUCCUCUCAAUACUUCGUCAACGUAUACUCGACCGCGAAGGGCGUCAAGCUCCCCAAGAUGGAUCAGAUCAGAUGCCAGAUGUACAAAGAUCAGUAUGGCACUGA